AUGAUUGUAAAUUUGCCGACCAUCGCGGUUUUGCCAGGGCCCGUCAACGAGUUCUUGUCUCACCCGUUCUGGCAAGUGCCAUGUCGUAUCUCGUAUCCAGUCUACCUCAUCUCCCUGCCUGUCCAGAAAUGGAUCUUCUACUCGACCGUCCGAGACAUCUACCUUUCCAACACGACCAUCUUGCUGAGCUACUGUGGGGUGCUGGUGAUCAGCUUCAUGUCAGCUUUCUUCAUCAGCCUGAUAGCCGAGGCCCCUUAUAUCAACAUCACUAAAGUCAUGGAGGGCAGACCGCUGCAAACCAAGAAACGAUCGUCCUCUGUUUAAAAUAAUUCCCUAUAAAUCAGUGAUAGAAAUAACGAACGUUUAAAAUCAAAGAAUUGCUGACUUUUCUUAAUUUUACAAAUGGAGCGUAGGAUGGUUCCGUCAUCACUCGUGCUGGAUAUGGUAUUUAGUUAUAAUGUCUGAUAAGAUUAC